CGUUAUGCUAUGGGCUAUUGUCCAGACUUCUUUAGUACAGCUGAGCAAGCCAGUAAAGUCCCUCUUCUCCACAGUCCGAUGGUGGGUUUGCACCCAUAAUUAGUAAUAACUGUUGGACUAUUCACUGAUUAAUCUGCAGCCCCGGCGGGACACAGAAAUUAUUUGUGUACCUGUACAGCUUGAAUCAUCUUGGCCACCUCCACUUUGGUCUUUCCCUUCACUGGUUUUCCAUUAACGCCUGUAAUUUCAUCACCUGCUGCCAGUGUGCCAUCCAGAGCUGCUGGGGUGUUAUCAAAGACCUGUGAACGAGCAGAAGCCACAUUAAAAAAGGGCAGAAUACUGUGCUUGUGUGCAAAGACCAUCUUCCUACAUCUUCCAUUAGCUCCAGGACUGUUCACCAACACCAGCACCCAGAAUGAGCAUGCAACUUGAAUUGAAGAAUGUGAAUCUGAGAGCUGGAGAUCAACUGAAAAUAAAGGGGAUGAUUCUGCACGAUGCUGAGAGAUUCCAGAUUGACCUCGGCUCUGGUGCAGACGACCUGGCACUGCACUUUAACCCUCGUUUUCAUGAUGACAAUGAUGGAGCCGUUCUCGUUUGCAACUCAAAGACUGACGGUUGUUGGGGCGAUGAGAAGCGGGAAAUACACAACCCCCUACAGAGGGGCACAGAGGUCAAGCUGGUGUUGAAGCUGGCUGGAGGCGUGUUUGAAGUGGAGCUUCCUGAUGGACAAGAAGUCCAGUUUCCCAACCGUGAGGACAUGGAUGUCAUCAGCUACAUCAAAAUCGCAGGGGACUUCAAUCUGACUUCCUUCAAGAUCUGCUAAGAGACACAACUGUUGUAACAUAUGCAUGCCACGUUUAUCACUUUGGUUAAAGACGAGACUUGGUCAGUUAUUGUAAGAAAUAUUAAUCAUCUCAAGAGAUGUAUAUCUUCAGUGAAUUGGAAACGUAUCUUUAUUUAAAAAUGUCCUGUUGUGCACAAUAAUAUAAAAUGUUUAAAUUCACA